AUGGACAAAGAUGCACAGGAAAUAACAACAAUUAACACACCUAUCGGAUUGUUAAGAUGGACAUGUUUGCCUUUUGGAAUAAAAACUGUGAGUGCUAUAUUCCAAAGAGCAAUAGAAUCUAUUUUUGUGAACAUUAUUCCUAAUAUGAUUAUAUUUCAAGAUGAUAAAUGCGUUGGUGGUAAAAAUGCUGAAGAACUAAAAUAUCUAGAAUUAACAACUGAUGCUAGUAAAACAGCAAUAUCUGGUAUAUUAUUACCAAAUGGUCACCCUGUUCUUUUUCUUUCACGAUCUUUAUCUGAUGCAGAAACAAGAUAUUCUAACAUAGACAGAGAAGUCCUGGCUAUAGUGUGGUCUUCUCACAGAGCUAGGCAUUUUCUGAUUGGUAAAAGAUUUAAACUUAUAUCAGAUCACAGACCAUUGGAAAAUGGCGUUCCUGAAGUUUUAGUGUCAGAUAAUGUUGCAGAAUUUCAUGAUACUGCUCUAUGCCAAUGGCUGAAGAAAAUAGGAUAUUUACCAUACAAAACGCCCCCUUAUCACCCACAAUCUAAUGGGUUAGCUGGAAGAAUGGUAGGGACAGUCAAGAUGGGUAUGAAAGCUUAUUCAACAGACAAAGGUAUAUUAAUUGCUUAUUUAAAUAGAAUAUUGUUAAGUUAUAAGACAAUACCUCAUGCAGGAAAAUCGAGAAGUCCAUCUGAGAUGAUGGGGAGGCAGUUAAGAUCUCCUCUUACUAUGAGUUUUGAAAGUGGGUCACCGUUAUGGUAUCGCCAGAAACCAGAAUCGAAGCCAGACCCAGCAGCCUUCAUUUCUCAAUAA